UUGUAAACUGGAGCAUGUCAGCUUUGCCAAUGUCGGUGCCUGCUUCAACGGCAGGGGAGCACUCCCUCAUAGUCUCCACCGCCGGAAAAAUGAGAAAGGAAGCGGCGCCGCCGACGGCCGCCGCCACCACCGUCACCACCGUCGCCAAAUUAUCCCAUUUCUUCGAAGCAAAGCCUUUAGCAGCCACAUUACUUUCCUUGACCUUGCUCAUGCUCAUCUGGAACCUCCAGCCGUUUUACGAAAACCUCCUUUCCUCAACCGCCGCCACCGCCCCCUGCUGCUCCUCCACCAUUUCCACCCUGAACAACACCGCCACCGCCGCCGACGCUCCCGCUGCCGCCGCGCCGGCCUCCGAUAUAAAGUACAUGAGCUCAAAAACGGCCAUUCCAAAUGCAGACCCAAACAAGCGUGUUUUCCAGGCGUACGGCAACGCAGCCUCGCUUUUCGUCCAAAUGGGAGCCUACCGGGGCGGCGACCGGACCUUUGCGGUGGUCGGCCUGGCCUCGAAGCCCCUCCACGUAUUUGGCUCCCCGUGGUACAAAUGUGAGUACAUUUCGAACAUUAACAGCAACAAUUCAUCCAAUUCGAUGAAGGCUAAGGCCUACAAGAUGCUUCCCGAUUGGGGGUACGGUCGCGUCUACACCGUCGUCGUUGUCAAUUGUACUUUCCAGGCGAAUCCGAACGCUGACAACUCCGGCGGGAAGCUUAUCCUGUACGCGUACUAUGGAGCGUCGCCGAAGAGGUACGAGAAGAUAGCGGCUCUGGAGGAAGCGCCGGGGUCGUAUGACGAGUCUAAGUACCGGCCGCCGUACCAGUACGAGUACGUGUACUGUGGGUCGUCUCUUUACGGGAACGUCAGCGCGGCGAGGAUGAAAGAGUGGAUGGCGUACCACGCCUGGUUCUUCGGGGAGAGGUCGCACUUCGUGUUCCAUGACGCCGGGGGAGUGUCGGCGGUGGUGAGGGCGGCGCUUGAGCCGUGGGUGAGGGCGGGGAGGGCGACGGUUCAGGACAUAAGGGGUCAGUCGGAGUUCGAUGGGUAUUACUACAACCAGUUUUUGGUGGUGAACGAUUGCCUCCACCGGUAUCGGCACUCUGCGAACUGGACAUUUUUCUUCGACGUGGAUGAGUAUAUGUACUUGCCAGACGGUAACACGCUCGAUGGCGUCUUGAAGGAGUUCUCUGGGUAUACUCAGUUCACUAUUGAGCAGAAUGCUAUGUCCAGUGCCUUGUGCUUGAAUGAUUCUACGGAGGAUUAUUCCAGGGAAUGGGGUUUCGAGAAGCUCGUGUUCAGGGACUCCCGCACGAGGAUUAGACGGGAUCGGAAAUACGCGAUACAGGCGAAGAACGCGUACGCGACGGGCGUGCACAUGUCGGAGAAUGUGAUCGGGAAAACGCUGCACAAGACGGAGACAAAGAUUCGGUACUACCACUACCACAACUCCAUAACCGUGCCUGGUGAAUUGUGCCGGCAGUUCCUGCCGGCGUCCUUUAAGAACCGGAAGGAGACCUACUGGUUGGAUAAAGUUCCUUUCGUCUACGACGACGGCAUGAAGAAGCUAACCAACACCAUCAAAGAUUUCGAAAGCAGAGCAUUGGGAACCUUGCAGCAACUCUACUCCUGAUCCAUCCAUCCCAAACCCAUCAUUACUUGCAAAAAAAUUAUCCGGACGGAGCUACUCAACUCAAUCAUGAUUUUCGAUGUUGUAUGAGUGAAGUAGAUCGAGUUGCUUGCUGCCAAUUGGAACCCAGUAACCCCCACCACUUUCGAUUUUUUUUUUUUUCUGCUGUAAAUUAAGGUCAGUGUUUUAUAAUUCAUGGUUUUUGAUUUUUCUUCCCCAGCUUAAAUGUUAAUUAAUUUAAUUGCUUAUUUUAAUUUAUAGUUCAUUUUUAUGUAAAGCUGUUCUGCUGCUGUAAUUAUUUUUCCAUUCCAGCUUUCGUGGGGGCAGUAAGCUUUGCCUUUAAAAA